AGGAAGCCUGCCUGGUUACAAAUAUGAGGAGACCAACUUCAUUGAUAUGUGAAACAGAUGUGGAACUUAUCUUGAUUGGCAAAGAGGACUUUGAGGCUACUCUUGCAAACGUCAUUGGUCAACGAUACAGAAUAAGCUAUGAAUUUCUGAGGAAACUCCCAAUUUUUUCAUUAUGGACAUCAGAAAAGUUGGAAUUGCUUCUCCUUAACUCCCUACACAGAUCAUACAGGGCAGGAACAGUUGUUAUCCAAGAUAUAUCCACUUCCCACUUUAUAGUAGUUGUCCGAUCAGGUCGAUGCCUGAUAGUGACACACCUAAGAAACCUUCAGAAGAGAAUGUCUCCACUUUAUGGAUUUCAGAGGCAGUGGUUGAGCCCAGUUCUGACAAAGUUUCCCAGCUUGUCCUUACUAGAAGGAGAAAUGGAUUUCAUUGAAAAGACCAUGAAACGGCCUUCUACUUCACCAUAUAUUUCAAUAUCAGACAAGCAAGCAUCUGCAUCUCUUACUUCACUAAGACAAUCAAGAGCUCAGACAGCUGCUACUUCAUUCCCACUGAGUAGAAAACAGAAUAUUUCCUCUGUCAUAGAGCACAAAGGUGACAAUCCCAGACAGACACUUUUUCAGGGAAAGCAUGUUAAGGUUUCUGCAGUACAUCCGUCAUCUUUAUCAGCAUCCACAAAGUUCUUAAGGAUUGGAUUUGUAGAACAAGGAGGCAUUUUUGGACUGACAGAAGUAAUGGGAAAAAAGACUGACCUGCAUCUGAGCCUGAUAAGUGAUGGAGCAGAGUGUAUUUUCAUUCCCAAGAAGCUAUACACUGCUGAAGCACCCACCAAGUCAAGACAAUUUUCUGUGGAGAGGGGGGACAUCUAUCCUAUGGAGAGCACAAUUAGACAGAAGUACAUCAGGCAACAGGCUUGGCAGGAGUACAAGUCUAGGGUUGUUAAGGAAGUGCUACAGAACACUGGCCCCCGGCCUGUAACAGCUCAUUUCUGAUUAAAUAAAUAAUAGAAUGCUAAAGCAUUAUAGUAGUGAGUACCAUAUCAGCUAUAGUUCUAUAUUUCUAUUCUACUAUGCAUUGCAAUUGUAAUAAAUGUAAUAAAGAUAUAUUGAUACAAACAUA